AACAAAACACAGCCGAAGAGACUCCAUGUUUCAAAUAUUCCUUUCAGGUUUAGGGAUCCAGAUCUUAGACAGAUGUUUGGGCAAUUUGGUAAAAUCUUAGAUGUUGAAAUAAUUUUUAACGAGCGAGGAUCAAAGGGAUUUGGUUUUGUAACUUUUGAAAAUAGUGCUGAUGCGGACAGGGCGAGAGAGAAAUUGCAUGGCACAGUAGUAGAAGGCCGCAAGAUAGAGGUUAAUAAUGCUACAGCACGCGUGAUGACAAAUAAAAAGACUUUGAAUCCAUACACAAAUGGGUGGAAGUUAAAUCCUGUUGUUGGUGCAGUUUACGGUCCUGAAUUCUAUGCAGUACCUGGUUUUCCCUAUCCUGCUGCAACAGCUGCUGCUGCUUAUAGAGGGGCACACCUUAGAGGUAGAGGCCGUACAGUCUAUAAUACAUUUCGUGCAGCAGCACCUCCUCCUCCAAUCCCAGCUUAUGGCGGUGUUGUUUAUCAGGAUGGAUUUUAUGGUGCAGACAUUUAUGGUGGUUAUGCAGCUUAUCGAUAUGCCCAGCCUGCAACUGCUACUGCAGCUGCCUACAGUGACAGAAAUCAAUUCGUCUUCGUUGCAGCAGAUGAAAUUUCAUGUAACUCCUCUUCAGUUACGGACGAGUUUAUGCUACCGACCCCUACCACCACACACUUGCUCCAACAGCCACCUACGGCGUUGGUGCCAUGAAUGCUUUUGCACCCUUCACUGAUGCCAAGACUAGGAGCCAUGCUGAUGAUGUCGGUCUCGUUCUUUCUUCAUUACAGGCUAGUAUAUACCGAGGGGGAUACAGCCGUUUUGCUCCAUACUAAAUGACAAAACCAUAUAACUCUUCCAGUGUGGGGAAAAAAAGAAGCUUUCCGAGGCCUGGGUAUUGCAAUACAUGCAGUAGUGCAUCAUUUUAGCAACUCUAAAUAACUAAAUAAAACUCAAAAAGAGAAACAUUACAUUUUUUAUCCUAUACCUCAGAUAUUUUGUUCUGUGUAUUUUAAUAUUGUGGGUCUUUAAUUUAUGAAGGUUCUGUAGUUGAUUGUUGGCUGUAGAUUUUUUUGUGGUUGACCUAGAAAUCUACUACUGUAGAUAUGAAUAAAAUAUUUUAAGGCCACAAUCAAGAGUGUUAACCAAUUAUAUAUGCUGAAUAUUAAGCUACUGGAAUUAUCACAUUUUGCAAGCGUGUAAGUGACUAUAGUAGUCAUAUCUUCAUUUACAUGUAACUCAGUUUAUUAGGGAGGGCUAAAAUGCUGAUACAUCAAAGCAAAAAGGUUUCCACUGCACUAAAUCUUAUUAAGUGACUGUCCUAAAUUAUUUAUUUAUUGUCCAGAGCCAAAGGUUGUGUUAAAUUUGUGAAUCUGACUCUUUGUAUAUACAACCUGAUGAAAUACUAUUGUAGCGUACCCCUUUUUAAGUAUUCCAUCAGAUAGUAUUCAGCUAUUAACGAUUACUAUGUUCAUGUAUAACAGUUUGAAAAAAUAAAAAAAAAUAAAAUCAGAAAAAAAUAAAAUGUGAAAAUAUAAAAAAUGUAAAAAGAAAAAAAGAAAAAAGCUAGUUAGGUCAUUUACAUUCUUUUUAUAUUACUUCCAAUAUAUUAAAUUAUUGAUAUCAUUGCUGAUUUUUAUAACGUGGGAGGGGGAAUGUUAUUAAAAAGAUAAAAAAGCACUGUUUCUACUUUUUCUUUUUUUUUGAAAGCUGUAAAGGGAAAGUAAUGAAAAUAAAUUAAAUUGUUUGUACCAGUUAACAUUUAAAUCUGUGCAGUGGAGUUGUUGAGUUCUAAAAAAUAAAAAAAUAAAAAAAAUAUGCAGCCUAUAAUGCUUUAGUUUUAGCCUAGUAGAACAUCUAAUAGAGAAAAGUAUCAUUUUUAUGGAAUUACAUAUUAAAUAUAUUGAGAUUUAUAUAAACAUUUUACAAGUAUUGCAAUCAUUUAAGUAGAGAUAAUCAAGGUAUUUUCAACUGCUUGGUAUUUUUUUGAAAACAUUAUAUUGUGUAAGCAAUCUGCAAUUUUUCAGUUUGACAGAGUUCUUCUACUCCUGUUUACGUUUUAAUUAGGAGAGAGACUUGAAAUACUGUAUGUCAGUUAAUUAUACAAGAAUUGACAAACAGGCAACAAUGUUUAUUAUUGCUAAUGCUAAGCAGUCCCGUUAAGAUCCAUGUUUUCUAGACUAUAUGGAUUAUAUCUCUGUAUAGUGAAAUUAUAUAUCUAAUGAACCAUCUUCCAUAAAAUGUUUUUCAUACUGGGAAACAAUUUCAUUCGUUUGACUUACAUGGGUCUUAAUGGUAUUUUUUUAUUUAACGUGAGUAGUUGUAGUUUACUGCUAUAAUGGUUUAGUGCACUAUAUUUAAUGAGAAGAUUUUUACCAAAAUUAAAAUUUAGUAUAUAUUAGACCAUUAUAUAAAUUAUUUUAAUUGCUAACAUAUUGAACUUUCAUUUUUUGUUUUCUAUACUGUGAAAAAAAUUCAAUUUUUCAGACUCGCUAAACCAGUCAUUACAUAAAGCACUAAUUUGUGGUCAGAAUGCAUGUAUAUCUUGUAAUUUAUGAGAAGCCAUCCAUACAGCAAAAAUACAUGAUUGGUUAACUUCUGAUGCAAUUCCAUAAUAAAAAA